AUGUGUUACUGUCUGAGAAACAGAUCGCUUGUUGAUUAUGUGUUCGUUUCGUACUUCUGUAAUGCAAGUGACCCAUUACAUUCAAGAGACAAGAACCAAGAAAAAGUACUCGAGGAUGGCAAUACUCAAGAUAUGCUUCGUCACAUAAACAAUAACAAUAAGGUGUGUCUGGUGGUUCUUGAUCAUGCAGGUCUUUCUACUAAUCGUGAGGAUUUGGAGCAGCUUGUUAGUAUUAGUGACAAUGAGAGCUUACAAAAGAUAAUCGUAGAUACAUUGCCCUUCAACAACAAAGUAACAAUAUAUGAACGCCAAAAACUGCUGAAUGAACAGCAAACAAUGAAGGCAUUUGAGUGCAGGAACAGGCCUCUGCAACGCUCAAAAUAA